AUGUCUCUCCGCCGUAUCUGCCGGCUAGGACCAUGUAUCAUCCGAAACAACUACGGCCGGACCGAAUAUGAAUGUGCCUACUGUUACAAAACCACAACUUCGCUCACUGCCCUGGGCCAGCACUGUCGUGACUCCGCUGCCCAUUCCUGGUGCUGCCGUUGCGAAAGGGUGUUCCCACAUGCCAGGGCGCUGAAUGACCAUCUGAAGUAUUCAUCUUCGCAUAACGUCUGCGAGAGAGAUUAUUGUGACGAGGAUUUUGCAACAUACGAUGAAUGGGCAAGGCAUAAUGUGGAUCACCAUAACUGGUGCCGACCUUGCAACUGGUUUGCGCGCGAUCAGUAUGCGCUCACACUGCAUGAUAUCAACCAGCAUUUCAUGUGUGGCAAGUGUGGCAGCUUUUUCCAGAACGACAACAAUCGGCGGAUGACAGAGGGCAGUUGA